AUCUGCUUGUACAACUGUUUCUAAUUACUUCCCUGCCUAGACUCUCCACUUGAGGGGUUUCGUACCAGCACCCCGCCCAGAGCAGUACUGCUGCCCGAAUCCUAGCAGGCAGCUCAUCCACGCCCUUGCAGCUCCGGGGAGAGCCCCGGACCUGCCCGCCUGGGUGUCUGUGGGUCCUUCUGCCCGGCCAUCUGCUGGUGGUACCUCUCCCCCCCCGGAGCCUCCCCGACCCCCGGCCCCGUGUGCGCCACCUUGCAGCCCCGCUGCUGGCCUCCGCAGCCGGGAAACUCAGCAUGCGUCCCGCAGGCUUCGGGAACUUCUUGCUGCUGGCGUCCUCCCUUCUCUUCGCGGGGCUGUCAGCUGUUCCUCAAAGCUUCUCGCCAUCUCUGAGAAGAGGCCCGGGCGCCGCGUGCCGGCUCUCCCGGGCCGAGUCGGAGCGCCGGUGCCGGGCGUCCGGGCAGCCCCCAGGGGGCGCUCUGUGCCACGGCCGCGGCCGGUGCGACUGCGGGGUCUGCAUCUGUCACGUGAGCGAGCCCGGCGUGUACUUCGGGCCCCUGUGCGAGUGCCACGAGUGGAUGUGCGAGACCUACGACGGGAGCACCUGUGCAGGUCAUGGUGUGUGUGACUGUGGAAAGUGCAGAUGUGAUGGAGGAUGGUCUGGGGACGCUUGCCAGUACCCAAAGACCUGUGACCUGACAAAGAAACAGAGCAACCAAAUGUGCAAGAAUUCUCAAGAUAUCAUCUGCUCUAAUGCAGGUACCUGUCACUGUGGCAGGUGUAAGUGUGAUAAUUCAGAUGGAAAUGGACUCAUUUAUGGUAAAUUUUGUGAGUGUGAUGAUAGAGAAUGCAUAGAUGAUGAAACAGAAGAAAUAUGUGGAGGCCACGGAAAGUGUUACUGUGGAAACUGUUACUGCCAGGCUGGUUGGCAUGGAGAUAAAUGCGAAUUCCAGUGCGACAUCACCCCCUGGGAGAGCAAGCAAAGAUGCACAUCUCCAGAUGGCAGAGUCUGCAGUAACAGAGGGAUUUGUGUGUGUGGUGAAUGUUCUUGCCAUGAUGUUGACCCGACUGGAGACUGGGGGGAUAUUCAUGGGGACACCUGUGAGUGUGAUGAAAGGGACUGCAAGUCUGUCUAUGACAGAUAUUCUGAUGACUUCUGUUCUGGUCAUGGGCAAUGUAACUGUGGAAGAUGUGACUGCAAAGUAGGCUGGUAUGGGAAAAAGUGCGAGCACCCACGUUCCUGCCCGCUGUCAGCUGAGGAGAGCAUCAAGAAAUGCCAGGGAAGCUCUGCUCUGCCUUGCUCUGGAAGGGGGAAGUGUGAGUGUGGCGAAUGCACUUGCUACCCUCCGGGAGGCGGCAAAGUAUAUGGCAAGACAUGUGAGUGCGACGAUCGCCGCUGCGAAGACUUGGACGGCGUGGUCUGUGGAGGCCACGGCACGUGUUCCUGCGGUCGCUGCGUUUGCGGGAGAGGAUGGUUCGGGGAGCUCUGCCAGCAUCCGCGCAGGUGUAACCUGACGGAGGAACAGAGCCGGAGUCUGUGCGAAUCGGCAGAUGGCGUACUGUGCUCGGGGAAGGGUUCUUGUCACUGUGGGAAGUGCGUUUGCUCUGCCGAAGAAUGGUAUGUUUCGGGAGAGUUCUGCGGCUGUGACGACAGGGAGUGCGACAAACAUGACGGGCUCAUCUGCACAGGGAAUGGAAUCUGUAGCUGUGGAAACUGUGAAUGCUGGGAUGGAUGGAACGGAAAUGCAUGUGAAAUCUGGCUCGGCACAGAAUAUCCUUAACAAUCCAUGGCAGAGAACUGGAUUCUUAUUUUUCUAGGCCAUUAGAACAUAUAAAUGCAGAGGGAACCAUAUAUAAUCAUCACUAGGACAGGUCAAACAGACCAUUGUAUGUUUUUCUAUUUCUGAAUGCCUCAGUGAAAUCUGGGUACCCAUUAAAAAUGAGUGAAGCAAAUUCUGAUGUAAAUAACGCCAGAAAGAUUUUUUUCUACCUUAAUGUACAUCAGUGGUUCUCAACAAGGGCAACUUUACCACCCAGAAGACAUUUGGCAAUGUCUACAGACAAGUUUCAUUGUCCCACUGGGUGGGGUGGGAGGGCAUGCUAUGGGCAUCUAGUGGGUGGAGGCCAGGGUUGCUGCAAACAUCCUCUGGUGCAGGAUGGCCUCCCACAGCAAACAAUUAUCUGACUUCAAGUAUCAAUGGUGCCUGAGCUGAGAAACACUGAGUUACACGGUUGUUAGAAAUGCACACCCCUAUACAUGAAAGACCAUAUUAGAGUCUAAGGAAAAGACGUAUCCUCACAUAAAUCCAUUGACCAUAUUUUGCCAGCAUUUCCAUAUGGAGACAUGAGGUAUGUGGUAUACAAACACACAUGGGGUAGGCGAGCAGGCAGAAACUACAUCACCAGUGCUUUUGAAAAAAAAAAACUGGUCAUUUUAGCCAUUAAGUCAUUUGUCAUUUGUCUAGUCCCACUUUAAAUUCACACAAGGGACUUCCCUGGCCUUCCAGGGGUUAAGACUUCGCCUUCCAAUGCAGGGGGUGCAGGUUCGAUCCCUGGUCGGGGAGCUAAGAUCCCACAUGCCUCGUGGCCAAAAAAAACAAAACUAAAACAUAAAACAGAAGCAAUAUUGUAACAAAUUCAAUAAAGACUUUACAAAUGGUCCACAUCGAAAAAAAAAAAAAUCUUUGAAAAAAAUUAAAAAUAAACUCACACCAAAAAAAGACUCAAGAUUAAGGAAGAUAUGAAAAAUGCAAAAUUCGACAUUUUUAGUAAAUGGUGACAUAAGUUGCUUAUAUUCUGUGUCAGUAUAUAUUUGCCUACUGAGGAUUAACCCAAAAAAAUGAAUUUUUAUUCAGGGGUAUCUAUUUUCUGUUUCUAGAACAUUUUUAAAAACUGGGCAAGGGUUACAUACACAAGAAAUACGAUUUUUUUACUGUUUACUCCAUGGUAACUUGCCUUUUAAAAAGACAACAUAGAGUUAGAUAUAUGACGGGCCUGAAAUAUACAUUCACUUCUCUUAAAAGAUUCUUAUUUAUAAGGAUACAUUACUUACUGGAAAAGUAGGGGCAUGCAAAGAAAUCAAGAAGAGAUACUAUAAUAAAAAGUCUCAAAAGCUCAGAGGAUUUUUUAAAAAUCCAGAAAUGGCUGCAAUAGAAAUUACAAAUAUUCACUCAAUAAUAAGAACAAAAUGUUUAUUUUCUUAAUGGUGAAAUUCUGCUCUGUAUGAAAUUCACAUUGCAUUAUGAAAAUGUACAAUAAUUUGGACUUCCCUUACAUAUUUACAGUUAAGUCUACUUAUACACAUUAGUCUAGACAACCUUUAAAUAUUUAGAGCUAAUAAAAACCCCACUUUUUUUCUAUAUGUGAUUUAUAUUUUGUAAAAUCCUAGAAUAAUGUAACAAAAUCAUUUCCAUAUUGUUUAAGAUGAAAAUUUUUGCUUGGAAAUUUUACUUGAUGAUGUAAAUAUUCUAGAGUCGUGGCUUGGACUUUUCUAAGUCAAAUCACCAAAAAUAAGGAAAAUAUGUAUCUGCUGAGUUACUUAAAAAUUUGAUAUUGAAAAUUAUUUAAGAGAAAAUUUAACUGAUGCUGAUUUUUAUAGUACUAAUAGUGUUCUCAUACUUGAAGAGAUUUAUAAAAUUGUCAUCUCCUGAGAUUAAGGAGUGCAACCAUGUAAAUUGUAUCUCUGUUAUUAGUAUGUCAAUUGAUAUCAGUUUUUGUAAAAUGAGGAGACUAUAAGCAGUCAAGAAAUAAUACAGAUUGUACUCUUUCCUCUUCUCUAUCUAAACACUUUAAGCCUCAAACAAAUCUGUUGUCAUUGUUCAGUUGCAAUUUUGAUGCCUUAUGUGAUGAUGCAUGAACAUCGGAAUUCAUUACCUUAUCCAGCCAUCAUAAUACAAAUGGACUUUCAGUUUCCCCUCUUGCAGAACCUUGCUUUCUAUAAAUGACCAGAUAGUAAAUAUUUUAGACUGUGGGUCACAUACAUCUCUAUAGAAGAUUCUUGUCUGUUCACGUUUAAUACUUUAAAAUGGAAAAAAUAAAAAUAAAAACCUCAUUCUGAGCUCCUGGGCCAUAAGAAACGGAUUGCAGGCUGUAUUUGGCUUGCAGCCGAGCAGUAGUUUGCCAUCCCGCUCUACUGGUACGGCCCUUAGUUUCCUGUCUCAUCACGUUACCCUAGGUGUGUCUUAGUUUUCUUAUCAUUCUCUAUAUUUGUUAUCCCUGCAGCAAGAGUGCUGCCCUUCUUAUAUUUUCGUGUAAGAAAAAUGUCCUCAGCAUUUAUGCUUUUUAAGAAGUUUAAAUAUGGAGAAAUUACUUUAUUAUAAAGUUCAGAAUGUGAUUUGUCCAAAUUUUUUGACAAAAUCUAUUAUAGUCAGCUAUAUUCUGUGGUUCAUUUAGCUAUGAAUUAUUGAACCAAAGCUGAAUUAUAGCAUAAGUCACAUGGUACCUAAACUCUAAUGAAUAUUUUUCUUUUAAAACAGAAAUAUUUUCUUUUUACCUCUUUCUGUCUGCUAUAACAGUUCUUGUGUGUGUUUUUAUGUGUGAUUUUUGUCUCUAGCAAUGAAACAUCAAUAGAUCUAUUAAGAAGUGAUUUAAUUUACAUGUUUAAGUUGGAGAAAAAUAAACAUAGUUACAUGUAAAGACAUAAAUUCUACCCUUCUUAAAUGUAAUUUUAUACUUUGACUUUUGAUUCCAUUACUAAGAUAAAAACUCCCUCUUCAAAAAAAAGGCAGGGCAAGAACAAACUUGUAAUAGGUGGAGGGAAAAUAUGCAAAUUUUGUUGGCUUGUUCAAGUUGGUCGGCAGUUAUGGUGGGAUUAACGUCAACUGGGAAGGAUGCGACACGUUUGCAGAUGGUGUUGGCACCAACCCUGCUUGCUUGGCUAACCAUCACUGAGGAAUUCUUCCAUAAAGCACUUUUUAAUAAGAUUCUACUAACAUCCUAAGACCUAAGAGAAUCACUAUAUCCUGUCGUCUUCCUGGACUCUUAGCUAAUCUAGAUUCCUACCGCGCAUUGGAAGGAAUGGCCUCCACCACCUCAAAUGCAAACACAACAUGGGGAUUAGACCAAAUGAUACAGAAAACCAGGAAAAAACAAAAACAUAACUCAGCCUUUGUUUGCAGACUCACUAUCAAACCUUUGAAACCCUACUCAGUAUUCGAGAGAGUCAACAGGCCCUGUGUGCCACUUUGUAAGCUAAGAAAGCUACACUAUGAAAUGUAUUUUACUCCAAAGUAAUACUAUUUACACCUGGCGUUUGAUAUGCCUGCGUUUAGCUCAAAAGCUUGCCCUGGAUAUAGUCUUGUUCUGAAAUAACAUUGAAAAUAAUUUUUAAUGAUUUUCAAUUCCUUCUAAAAUGGAUUUCUUAGUCAAUCUGGUCUCUCCUUCAAAUGUUAAUUCUCACUCUAAUAUUAGGGAGAAAACUUUAAAUGAAGUGAUACAUGUCUAACUUAAAAAGAGAGAAGUUUUUUUCUUGUUUUUUAAAAAAGAACCAAAUCUGAUGUCAGUCAUCCUGAAAACAGCUGACUGUUUUAGUGCUUUAGGCACUCAUUAAGCAACUAGCCAGGUGUGAUAAGAAACUCUUCUUACUCUCCAAGAGGCAAACAAUUAGACGGACUGCAGCAGGAGUCUUGAGGGCCCAUCUUGAAGCCAGCCCUUACCCCAAACACUCAGGGCAAGGGAACAUUUAGAGCAUGAAUCUCUAAAUUCUCCAAGAUUUGUAAUGACAUGAUGCUCAGUUCCAUUUUACUCUUUAUAUAGGCGGAACCAUUUGCAUCUCUUCUAUAUUUUUCCAAGUAAAGUUGUAGCAAAAUAUUUUAGAAAGCAAACUUAUAGGAAAAUAAUAAAAUGAUGUCACCUGAAAUAUCAAACCAAUGAACAUUCCAGAGCAUUGUUGAGGAAUGAGUGAAACAGUCAGCUACCAUAACAAAUCAGUAGACAUAAGCCUCUCACACCAGAUAUGGAUGCAAAAGGAAUGUGACAUUGGAAAGAGUUGAUAAGAUUGACAUAUGUACAUGGAGGUACAGAACACGUGGUGGUCUCUAAAUACAAAUGAAUUCCAUCAGAUUUACUGUACAGAACACCAAAGGUGACAGAUUGCACUUACUUAAAACAGCAAUUUUUGAGGGGAGAAAAUGGUGGAAUCUUAUCCUGGAAAAAUCGCAAGAGCGGUAUCGUCAAAGAGCUAAAAUUUUCUUUGGCAUGGUAAAGGGGGAAAAUGAGUUUACCAAACUUAUUUACAUGACAUUUCUCUAUAUCUGUGGGUGAUGCAAUGCCAUUUCAUUACAUAAAGUUGUUCAGUGUUUUUGAAUAUGCCAUCAUAUAAAUAUUUUAUUCAAUAUGUUGUAUUUAUGAAUAGAACAAAUGAUAUUCAACACAGAAACUGUACAAUGCAGACAAACUCUUUGUAUGUAGAUUAAUACACACCAAUGGUUCUUGAUACACAGGUCCUACAACAUGCAGUUCAUCAGUGCUGUCCUUGUUCCAUGCAACAGGUCAGACCAGACACAGAGGAAAUGAUCUAACUAAAUCACAAAUAACAAGGACCCCUCUGCAAUACGUCUAAACAUAUAUUAGAAGAAAGUAUUUUGACAUCCAUUCAUAGGGAUAAAUGCCCUUAUAGAUAACUCAUGUAAAAAACAAAACAGAGAUACACAUUUACUGAAAUCUCAGUCACUUACAAAAAUAAAUCUUGUCAUAAUUUAAACCAAUAAACAAGCUUACAGGGGAAAAAGAAACCAGCAAGUAGGGCUGAUUACCAAAAACAUAUAGGUGGGGUUGUUUGAUUGUGUGUGUGUGUGUGUGUGUGUGUGUGUGUGUGUGUGCACGCCCGUGCACAGUAGGGUAAGUCCAUCUAAUUGGAAUUUCAAGUUGCCACAUAUUACGGAAUAUAUGUCUUCCCUAAACAAUUGGUUAGUGAAAUUCAUCUAAUGUAUUUUAACUUAGCCUGUUAAAAAUAAUAGGCUUUAAAAUGGUGUAACAAGAAAUCAAGAGAGGUCAAAAGAAUCAUUUUGUUGUAUUUGUACUUUAGCACUAUCGACAAUAAAUCUACUCAA